GCUCACGAUCAGUUCGCGAGCAUCAUGCGACGAGUGAAGACGUGAGAGCGUGAAGAUCGUUGCGGACCGCGAAUUCCCGAGUGCAAAACAAUCAGUGAGCAGUUGGCAAACAUAUCUUCGGUUAAUGGGUCACGCAAGAUGUUGAUGCUAUGUUGCUGCCGGACCAGACGUACGCCGACUACGUGCACCGACAUCUGACCAGGUCGGACUUAAAGGGCUCCAGCCAUGACAACAACAACAGCAACAACAGCAAUAGCAACAGCAGCAACAGCUACGAUCGCACCGCCGACUUCUUUGAGAACAUACCCGACUUUGUGGGCGCCUCUCUGCCGGCCUUUCUCUUCCAUCAGAGUUCCCAGAGCUAUCAGCAGCCGGCGAGCAGUGAGCAGCAUGACACGCCAGAGACUCUGCGCACCUCGACACCCAGCGGACCUGCCAGGGAGCCCAGCGAGCCGAGCGAGCCGUCAAGCAAGAGCGAGAACGGCGACGAUGUGCUGCGACUGUGCGAGGAUUUUCUCUGCCGGCAUCGCAUGCGUCCCGAUUUCUUCUGCCAGUACCAGAAGGCACUCAGCUCAACAACACCCUCACCGAAGCAAAGCAAAGCCUUGCCAGACCUGAACAAGCCAGAGCUAAGCGCGUCCAAGGAACUGGAAUCCUCGGUGCUAUCAGCCGUUAAAGCCAAACACGAUGUGGUUGAGCGCUUCACCAAGUUCUCAGCUAUUUAUACACUUCCGGUGGCCAGACGCAAGAAGAAAUCCAAUAACACGACAGGAAACAUAACUGAUGCGUCAUCCUCCAAUGAGGCUGUGCACCUGCAGCAGCGGCUCAAGAGUCUGAGCACUGAGCUGCUGGUGAUGCGCAAUCGGCUGCAUGUGGAGAGUCAGGGACAUGGCCGGGCCAAUGAUGUGCAGCAUCACAGCAUUGGGGCGGGUGCUGGAGUUUCUCUGGGCGGAGGCGGGGCAAAGGCAGCCAACUACGACCUGAACGCGUCCAGUCCGAAUUUGAAUCUGGGCAGUGGUGGGCUCUCGUCCAGUGCACUGCAGCAGCAUGCCAACGGAAAUGGCCAGCAUACCCUACCGAAGCAGCAUGCGUACAAUUACAGUCAGACGCUGCCAAGCAAUUCGGGCUCGAACGCUGUCAUCUCGGCUCGGAACACAUCCAUACCGCAUCCGCUGCCGCAUCAGCUGAGCGAGAAGUCCGCUGUGGGUCAUCACAAGGGCAACGGUGCGGGCUUGGGUGCCACGUCCACGUUGCCGCCCGUCCCCUUGCCACACAGCCUCAAUGCCCGAUCCAACACACUGCCCAUGCGCAGCUCCAAUGCCAAUUCUCUGGCUGCCUCGUCGGCUCUGCAGGCGAACGGCCAGCAGCUCGAUCAGUCAGCCAAGCACGUGAAUCCUUGCCAGAGCGUGAAGACGUUGCCCUUCGGCUUUGGUCAGCAGUCGCAGGGGAGUCGCCAGCCCAAGGACAUGCAGGAUCUGAUUCACCUGGCUGGCCCACUCACCGAGCACGCCGUCAUGCACACCCUGCAGGCGCGCUUCAACGAGCAGCGCUACUUCACAAAUGUGGGCUCAAUUCUGCUCUCGAUCAAUCCCUACCUGGACGUGGGCAAUCCGCUGACACUCACAUCGACACGCGACCUGCCACUGGCGCCACAGCUGCAGAAGAUUGUGCAGGAGGCGGUCCGUCAGCAGAGUGAAACGGGAUAUCCGCAGGCCAUCAUCCUUUCGGGCACUAGCGGUGCCGGGAAGACGGCUAACGCCAUGCUCAUGCUGCGACAGCUCUUUGCAAUAGCCGGUGGAGGUCAGGAGACGGAUGCGUUUAAGCAUUUGGCCGCCGCCUUUACAGUAUUACGCUCGCUUGGAUCGGCCAAGACAACGACCAACUCGGAGUCCAGUCGCAUCGGCCAGUUCAUCGAGGUGCAGGUGACGGAUGGCGCACUUUACCGCACCAAGAUCCACUGCUAUUUUCUGGACCAGACACGCGUCAUUCGGCCGCUGCCCAAGGAGAAGAACUAUCACAUUUUCUACCAGCUACUGGCCGGCCUCAACAGAGAGGAGCGCCAGAAGCUGCACCUGGAAGGCUAUUCGCCGGCAAAUCUGCGCUAUCUCCGUGGCGAUGUCGCCCAGAACGAGCAAGAGGAUGCGGCACGUUUCCAGGCCUGGAAGACCUGCCUUGGCAUAUUGGGCAUACCGUUUCUGGAUGUGGUUCGUGUCCUCGCUGCUGUGCUACUGCUGGGCAACGUGCAGUUUGUCGAUGGAGGGGGUCUCGAGGUAGAUGUGAAGGGCGAAACGGAACUCAAUUCGGUGGCCAGCCUCCUGGGCGUGCCACCUGCGGCGCUGUUUCGCGGUCUGACCACACGCACGCACAAUGUGCGUGGGCAGUUGGUGAAGUCGGUCUGCGGCGACGGCGAUGCCAACAUGACGCGCGACUGCCUGGCCAAGGCGCUCUAUUGCCGGCUGGUGGCCACGAUAGUGCGACGAGCGAACAGCCUGAAGCGCCUAGGCUCCACGCUGGGAACGUUGAGCUCGGACUCGAAUGAGUCGGUGCACAACCAGGCGGACGCAGCAUCCCAGCACGCAUCGACCAUUGGCGGCGGCAAUGCGGGCUCCAAGUCGAUGGCCGCGCUGAACAAUGCAGUGCGUCAUGCAACGGAUGGAUUCAUCGGUAUAUUGGACAUGUUUGGCUUCGAGGAGCCAACGCCGCAUGCACAGCUGGAGCAUUUGUGCAUCAAUUUGUGUGCAGAGACGAUGCAGCAUUUCUAUAACACGCACAUCUUCAAGUCAUCCGUGGAGUCCUGCCGGGACGAGGGCAUCGUGUGCGAGACCGAGGUCGACUAUGUGGACAAUGUGCCGUGCAUCGAUCUGAUCUCCUCGCUGCGCACUGGGCUGCUGAGCCUGCUGGACAUGGAGUGCUCGGUGCGGGGCACAGCCGAGAGCUACGUGACCAAGCUGAAGGUGCAGCAUCGCUGCUCGACACGCCUGGAGACACGCACCGCACUGGAGCCUGACGAUCCGCGACUCUUUGCCAUCCGCCACUUCGCAGGACGCGUCGAAUAUGACACCACCGAUUUCCUGGACACCAAUCGAGACGUUGUGCCGGACGAUCUUGUCGCCGUCUUCUACAAGCACAGCUGCAACUUUGGCUUCGCCACGCAUCUCUUUGGCUCCGAGCUGAAGGCGCUCUAUGCCCAGCAGCAGGCACCGCGCGGCCUCAGCUUCCGCAUCUCACCCACCUCGCACUCGGAUCUGCUCAACGGCGAUGAGCCCGUCUCGACGCUCACGCAGGACUUCCACACACGCCUGGACAAUCUGCUGCGCACUCUGGUCCAUGCUCGUCCGCACUUCGUGCGCUGCAUCCGGAGCAACAUGUUCGAGCAGCCGGGCAGGUUUGAUCGCGCGACGGUGGUGCGCCAGAUCCGCUCGCUGCAGGUCUUGGAGACGGUCAAUCUGAUGGCCUCCGGAUUUCCGCAUCGAAUGCGUUUCAAGCAGUUCAAUGCGCGCUAUCGCAUGCUCGCGCCCUUCCGGCUGCUCCGCCGCACCGAGGACAAGGCUCUGGAGGAUUGCCAGCUAAUACUGCAAUAUGCCAUGGGCAUGGAGCAGCUGCCCGUGCAGGACGGUUCGGUAACGCUGGCCUGGGCGCCGGGCAAGCGCCAUGUGUUCAUCAGCGAGGGCAUACGCCAGCAUCUGGAGCAUUUGCGCACAGAGAUUCGCCACAGGAGUGCCACGCGCAUGCAGGCCACGUGGCGUGGCUAUUGGUGGCGCAAGAAGAUGGGCAGCACUCUGAAGCAAUCCUGCCGUCCAGACACCGGCCUAAUCGCUGCCCUGCCCGCCAUCGCCAGCACCUGCGCCAAGCUCGUCAAUGCCCACAAUCCCAAUGGCAAAGCCACCUCGGCAGCUAUGGCCGCUCUAGCGGCGGUGACCAAUGCAGCUCCCAGCACGGUGCCACGUCUCUCUGCAAAGUCCACAAAUCAAGCUUCGUGCCUGGGCAUCGGCGGCACUGUGACCCGUCCGCGACCUCAGCCCAUUGCCGGCACCCCACCUCCAGAUCCGCACGAGAAGUGUGACCAGAAGAUUAUCCAGCAAACAUGUAGCCUGUUCGGAUUGGAUUUGGAACGCCCCCCACCCGUUCCACUGUCACGGGCUUACACAAUCACGGCCAAUUCAAAGAAGCUGGGCUAUCCGCAAAGCCGCAUCAUGAAAAUGAAUUUUCCAGAGGACGCACUGGCUAAUCCGGCUCCUGCUCUAUCGCCGACGGCCUCCACUGAGCUGCAGCAGUUGAAAAAGGGCGACACCGUCACCGUGGUGGGCGCCUCCAGCGCUCGAGGUCACCUGAUUGUCGAGCACAAGGGUCAAACCUAUCAUGUGCCGUUUCAGUAUAUGGAGCUAGCGUCUGGCAGCACUGCUCCCAGCAAUGCCAACCUGACCAUGCAAUCCGCUUUGAUGUCAGCUGGACCGACUAACGGGGUGAAGAUAUGAUAAGUUAACACUGGCCAGCGAAAUUCUAUAAGUGAAUUAGAUUAAACUUUUCUGAAUUGGAAUCUGAAUCUAGAAUAAUAUUCUUAGAUUCCAGGGUAUCUCUAUAUUCUGUAAGCUUGAACAUUGAAUGAUUUAUUUAUUUUUUUCUGAAUAUUCCAAGAUUCGAGGGUAUCUCUGUCACAUACACUUUUUGAAAUAUUCUUUAUGCUGUAAUAUUUAAAGCUAUUUUGAUUUUGUUUUAUUUUUCUAAAAAAAAUCCAGGGUAUGUCUAUCACUCAAAGUUUACCUCGAAUAAGAUAUUAGAAUAUUUUUAAUACACUAAAUUUUCGAGACAUUCAUUCACUCUUAAAAGCUUAUUCUACUUCUUGAUUAAUAAAUCUUGUUGGCCUAUGUAAUUUAUCCCAUCUAGGUGCGAGUCCAACUAUCAGCAUCAAAGACUGUAAAUAAUUGACAAUAGCAUUAGUAUGUAUCAUAUAAGAAAACUCAUUGUUUUUCUCCUAGUAUUUUCUAGACUAUGUAAUUAGUGUUAAGCUGAUGUUCAUUAGUAUUAUUCGAUGCAUAUUACGAUAGGUUGUAGCUUCCAGUGCCAAUCAAGAGAGUUCUUCCAAUAACUUUAUUAAGAUCAAAUUACACACAUUCCUCUAUAAUAAUUUUAUAAGCCACCUAGCAUUAGUCGCUUCUGAAGCCUCACAUACCACAAUGUUAAAUUUAAACUCUGCGGUUCUUUAUUGUUACUCAAAUACAUGUCCAUAUAUAUUAUAUAUAUCCAAUACAUAUAGUGGAAUAUAAUUAUUAAUAAGUGCAUUUCCAACACAUACACAUGCAUACAUUUAGGUACAUAUACUGUGUGCUCCAUUUAGUAUAUACCAUCUAUAUUAAGUAUACAUUAUUCAUAAGGUAUAUCACCAUAAUAAAAUGGAUAUUGUGGUCGGUUGUGUUGUCUCGCAAAUAAAGUUCUUUUUUUUAAGCAA